AUGCAAGGUAACACCAGACAGCAACUUCCAAACGCUCGUUACUUUCAUUCAAACAUGCAAGCUGUCAAUAUCCCUCUAGAAGACACCGCUUAUCGGAUACAUAUCCCAUCUGAAGAGCCAGAGAUUCCUCGCAUCUUGAGUUGCCAAACAGAUCAGGAAGUAUAUGUCUUGCCAUUUGUGGAAUCAUCUUCCGAUCCUGCACCUCCUCCAAGAAGACAAGUCUUGUCUAUUCUUUCUCCUCAGCACCCCUGUGCUUAUGAUAUAAUCCCAUCAAAACCAUACAAGGAUCUGGAUCACCAUGCACCCGGAUGGGGACGAGUGUACUUUGGUAUCAUCCUUCCUCAAGUGGACGAUGGCAUGUAUCAGGAACCUUCUCCUGAGACUGUUUCAUUCGUGGCCAUUAAACGUCUCAACAAACGAGUAGUCAACGAAGCAUUGCUACAGGGAAAGAAAGAAAAUCCUUAUGUGGAACUUUUACGUAUGCAAACCCUAGGAGAUAAUAUCCACGUCCUAGGCUGCUUUGAUGCUCUUCAAGAUGAAACUUAUCUUUACAUCGUUAUGCCAUUCUGUGAAGAAGAGUCUCUGGUGGAAUGUAUUCCAUGGAUGAGCGGAGCCGGAUUGGAAGAAGGUCAGGUCCGCAAGUACUAUGAACAAAUUUUGGAAAACUUGUUCUACUUGCGAUCUCACGGAAUUUGCCACCGAGACCUUUCACCAGAUAACUGUAUGCUCCAUCAAGGUCGGGUCGUCUUGACUGAUCUUGCGAUGUCCUUCCGUGUUCCACAUGAUAAUGAUAUUGUCCAAAGGUCCAGUACCUUUGGAAAACCUGCCUACCUCCCACCCGAAGUCUUUAUGCAAUUCCCAUUCAGUGCCUAUGGAUGCGACUUGUGGUCUUCGGCUGUGAUCCUAUUCAACCUUUUGACUGGCGAAGUGCUCUACGAGCAUCCGCACUUCAACAGCAUUCUAUUCCGCUACUUUGUUCUUGCCCGUGGAAUUGCAUCCACUACGUUCAACGAGCGUAUGAUGGAAGUCCUCAUGGAUCCUGAUCUCAAUGAAGGACAGAGCUUCACCCUGCAACGAGCAACGCAAGUUGUCAUGGGUCUGAAUCCUGCCUACUUGCAACUCUUGGAUGGGAUGCUUCAGGUUGCACCUCAGCAGCGCUGGACUGCAGAACAAGUCCACGAGCACUUGUCAAGACUUCCAUGA